AUGUCCAAAAGGAGAAAAACCCAUGAUAGUUCAAGCUCUCCGGCUUCAAGCUCUCUACCUUCAAGCACUCCGGCUUCAAGCACUCCGCUUUCAAGCUCUCCACCUUCAAGCUCUCCGGCUUCAAAUUCAAUUGGUAUUGUGUCUCCUUCAGAUGCUAGUGUGCCAUUACAUGAGGAAGAAUUGAUUUAUGAUAUCGAAAAACUUCAUCAUGAUCCUAUUAGAAGAACCGAUAUAAUGAAAUAUCCUCCAAAUGAUAUGGAUGAAGAUGCAGCAUUUUGUUUUGUAUGCUACUUGUUCAAGAAUGAAGUUGGACAUGCGGGGGGUGAUGCAUUUGUGAAUAAAGGAUUUAAGUCGUGGAAUAAGCCGGAACGAUUUAUAAAACAUAUUGGUGGAGUUAGAAGUGCUCAUAAUAUUGCUUAUGAAAAAUAUGUGAACUUGAGGGAUGGCAAAAAGAAAUCGAUUUUGGUUUCUCUAGAUAAUGUUAGUGAUGUGAUUAACAACGAAUAUAAUGUUCGCUUGAAGGCUUCAAUUUCUUGUUUACGUUACCUAUUGGGACAAGGCAUGGCGUUUCGUGGUCACAGGGAAGGUGAAGAUUCCCUUAAUAGGGGAAAUUUUCUUGAACUUUUAAAAUGGUUGAAGGCACAUAAUGAAGUUAUUUCAAAAGUGACUUUGGAAAAUGCCCCUGAAAAUUGUCAAUUGACAUCUCCAACUAUUCAAAAAGACAUCAUCAAUUGUUGUGCUAAAGAAACAAUGAAGAGAAUUGUGGAUGAUCUUGGUGAUGACUACUUUGCUAUAUUAGCCGAUGAAUCUAGUGAUGUGUCCCAAAAGGAACAACUGCUUGUUUGCGCUAUGUUGAAAAGAAAAGGGGAAAGAAGUGCAAUUAUGACUUUACUUGUUGAACAUUCAUUAAGCCCAUCCAAGGUUCGAGGGCAAGAAUAUGAUGAGGCUAGUAACAUGAAGGGUGAGAUACAUGGACUCAAGACUUUGAUCAUGAAAGAUACUCCAAGCGCUUACUACGUACAUUGCUUUGCCCACCAGCUUCAACUAACAUUGGUAGCCAUUUCAAAAAAGAACGAUGAUUGUAGUUGGCUUUUUGAAACUGUUAGUAUUUUGUUGAAUGUAAUUGGAGUUUCUUGUAAGAGAAAUGAAUUGCUUCGCGAAGUUCAAGCACAAAAAGUUGCUCAAGCCUUGGAAAUUGGUGAACUUGAAUCGGGAUCGGGGUUUAAUCAAGAACUUAGUUUGAAGAAGCCUGGAGACACUCAUAUGAAAGCUCACUAUAGCCCCCAUGGAAGAUCAAAACGUUUUGUUCAACAAGUUUCAUAUCUUCAUCAUUUUCGUGUUGAUGUGUUUAUCAAAGUGAUUGACUUAUUACUUCAAGAACUUGAUAAUCGAUUCGAUGAAGUUAAUAUGGAGUUGCUCAGAUGUAUGGCUUGCUUCAAUCCUAAAGAUGGCUUCUCUUCUUUUGACAAGGAAAAGGUACUCAAACUUGCCACUUUUUAUCCUUCCGAUUUUUCAAACAUUGAUUUGAUGGACCUUGAGUGCCAACUUGAUAUAUUCAUUGGAGAUAUGAGAAGUGAUGAAGACUUUCAGAAUUUGCGAGAUAUUAGUUCUCUUUUGGUGAAACUUGUUGAAACAUAA